ACGAGGAUGAAAGUUGUGCAAGUGAUUUUGUUGUUUGUUUUAUUUUUCAUACUGAGUACUGCAUUUGGGAUUAUAAGAAAUAAAGAUGAGACACUGAUUGGGGAGGAAGAUCGCAGAGGUGCGGAAAAACUGGAGGAGCCCAAAAAAGUUGACGAAGCGAAAGCGGGCAGCGCUGUACGUAGUGUUUGGGCAGUUGGACAGAUCGAUAAAAAACAAUUAGAUUAUCAUCACGGAGACUACGCAGGUGGAUAUGGAGCUGCAGGUCCCGAUAAUUUAGGAUAUGCUGGUGUAACACCAGUUGGUCUCCAUGGAUAUAAUACGAGGCCUCAUCAGGGAGGUAAUUACGAACAUGGACAAGACGACUAUGGUCAUGGAUAUCCAUCUGGUGGAUCUGGUCUGAAGUACGACCACGGCGGAGGAGGGGUAGAAGCAUAUGGACAUAGUGACGGUGGUAUUGGAUAUGGACAUAGUGGAGGUGGUGUCGAAUUUGGACAUAGUGGAAGUGGUGUUGGAUAUGGACAUAGUGGGAGUGGUGUUGGAUAUGGACAUAUUGGUGAAGGUAAUAAUGUUGAAUAUGAUGGGGGAGCAACUGACUGUAGACAUACAGGCGGUGGUAUUGACUACGGCUAUGGACAUUAUGGUGUAAUUGGACACGAAUACACUGGUGGAGGACUGAACUACGGACAUAGUGGAGGAGGUGUCGCCCAUGGUUACGGAGGUGGCAGUUAUGGAGGCUCUGGAUUAGGAGGUAUUUUUGGAAAGAAGUUACCAUUGAAGAAGCUGCUUCUUCCAAUAGCGGGACUAGCUUUGCUUGGUGCUGCUGCUGCUUUAUCGACAAAUCCUGUUCUACUACAUCUUGGAACAAUAAGUGGUAGAAAAAGACGGUCAAUAUCUAAGAAAUCAUCUGGGAAAAUUUACCCAGGAAAUCCAUACGUUACACCAAUCAGAUUGUAGAUGUGACAUGAUUUGGAAUCAUGAUGUUUACCACUAAAACUGUAUCAUUUAUUUUGUAAAUAUUAAAUUCAUAU